AUGGACAUUGAGAAACACACCACAAGACCCCAUACACUGGGCAAGGCACUCACCAGGAGGACUGUCCUCUAUGUCCUAUACUCUGUUGUCCUUGUCUACAUAGCGACUAGCUUCUCUAAAUACACUUUCGACAGGGAGUUCCCACUUGUUGCCACCAGUGGCGUCUCGGAGGAAUAUUCAAAGUUGAUUUUGCACUCGUUGGAGACAAACAACGUGGGCAAGUUGUUGUACGACUAUACCAGAGAUAACCAACUGGCUGGCACCAAUCUAAAAAUGGUGAAUUAUACUUUGGAAAAAUACAAGGAACUGGGACUACAAGACGCCAUUGUUGACGAAUAUACGGCCUACAUAUCAUACCCACUGAACCAAUCGGUGGUCUUGUUCAAGGAUAACGAGGUCAAGUACGUCCCCUCUCUGCAAGAGGACACCCUCAAGGAGGAUCCAAAUUCAUACGAAAAGGUUCCUGCCUUUUUGGGGUAUGCCGGUAAUGGUAACGUGACUGCCGAAUAUGUGUAUUGCAAUUAUGGUACUUUUGAAGAUUUCAAUAAAUUGGAGGAAUCUGGCGUUCUCUUGAAGGGGAAAAUUGCAAUUGUUAGAUACGGUAAGAUUUUUCGUGGCUUAAAAGUCAAAUUUGCACAAGAUCAUGGUAUGGCGGCAGUAGUUAUAUACACUGACACCUAUGAUGACGGUGAGGUAAUUGUCGAAAAUGGGUUUGAUGCUUACCCCAACGGACCUGCUCGUAAUCCUUCUGCCAUUCAAAGAGGUUCGUCCCAAUUUUUGUCCGUUAUUCCGGGAGACCCAACUACCCCCGGUUACGCCAUAAAACCAGGUGAAGAUUUACCAAGGGAAGAUCCAUUUAUCUCCACCCCUAGGAUCCCUGCAAUUCCAAUGUCUUUCAAGGAAAUCCAACCUAUUCUAUCCAAACUCUCUGGUCACGGCCCGAAAAUCGAUUCAUGGGAAGACGGAUUGGUCAAAGAUUUUGACUACUCUGUGGGUCCUAACCCUAAAUAUACCUUGAAUGUUUAUAACAAGCAAGAUUUUAACAUCUCCACCAUGCAUAAUAUCAUGGGUAAAAUCAAAGGUAAAGAUGACUCCAAAUUCAUUCUAGUUGGUAAUCACCACGAUUCCUGGACCCCAGCUGCUGCAGAUCCUCAUUCUGGAUCGGCCGCAGUCUUGGAGGUCAUUAGGGCAUUCCGUGAUUUAUCAGCUACAGGUUGGGAACCAAGGGUCUCCAUUGUCUUUGCUAGCUGGGAUGGAGAAGAAUAUGGUUUGAUUGGUUCUACCGAAUUCGCCGAGUACUAUUCCUGGAAAUUGAAGAAGGAAUGCAUUGCUUAUCUAAAUACCGAUGUUGCCAGUGUUGGGUCCAUUUUAUCAAUCCAGUCAUCUCCACUAUUGAAUCACGUUUUGCUAGAAAGUGCAAAACAGAUUCCAUAUCCAAAUUCAACAAUUUCAUUAUACGAUCAUUUCUUUCAACACCAUGAGAAAAUAGGCACUCUAGGUUCUGGAUCUGACUACACUGUAUUUCUAGAACACCUAGGUAUUCCUUCAGCAGACAUGGGAUUCUCCAAUGAUUUGAAGACGGCGCCUGUUUUCCAAUACCAUUCACUAUACGAUUCUUACCAUUGGAUGUCUGAAUUUGCCGAUCCGGGAUUUGUCUUCCACAAUCUCCUUGCCAAGUUUUUAGCCCUAACUACUUUACACUUAUCUACUGAACCAGUGAUACCAUUCAGAACAGGUGACUACGCCAUUGCUUUGUCUGAAUAUUAUGAUAACUUGGACAUACCAGAUCAAUGGAAUUUCGAUCACGUUGAUAAAUGCCACCACCACAAUUCCACCGAGUUGCUGGAAUCCGUGAAGGCCAAACUCGAUGAGCUCAAAGCCUCAUCCGCAGAGUUUGACGUGGAAAUCAUGAACAUCCUUGCUCUAUACGAGAAGUGGGACUCUCUAACUUAUUGGCAAAGAAUCAAGCUACAUUUCAGAGCCAAGGGUGUCAAUUCGAUCCUACAAUAUUUUGAAAGACAUUUACUCUAUGGGAAGGGUUUAAAUGAGCGUCCUUGGUUUAAACAUUUUGCCUAUGCCUCGGGUAGGUAUACCGGUUAUAAAGGACAAGAAUUGCCAUUUUUGGCCGAAGCCAUCGAAGACUUGGACCGCAAAGAUUUCUUCCAUGCGUUGAGGCAUUUCGACGGCCUCUUGAGUACUUUGAUUAGAAUGACUACUUUAUAG